AUGACUACUACUGCGCGGACGAGGGCCUUUCCACCUUUAACUAUGCCUACAGGCCCCAACGACAAAGCUCAGCAGCCUCUGGGCUCGGGCUUUCCGGGCUCAAAUCUCUACCCGAACAAGAAUAUCUGGAACGCCUCCAUCGCCAAUGGCAGAGAGCGCUCCUCUGUCUCCAAAGAGUCCGACGAGAGUCCCACCGGAUCCAGCGCCCUCAACGCAAACUCGGAAGCCGAUGUCUGGUCUGCCAACCCUUGGAACAACGAUCAUCCUUCUCGCUCCGUCAGCACUUCCCCCAACCGAGCCCGCGAGGCUGCUCUUGCGAACGGCGCCUUCUUCGACCACUCCCACGCCGCCAUUGGUGUCAAGAAAUCCGCCUUUGAUGCUGACGGCUUCGCCGUUCCCUACCCGACCCAGAAGCGCGCUCCCCACGACCCUGGCUUCGAUGCCUUGGCCGCCUUUGCGCCCCGCGACCAGAACCUGCCGCCGUCGCGCCAAUCCCAGGGAUCGCCUGCCUUUGCUGACCUCUAUCAUGCCCACGGCCACAGCAACUCGAUCCACUCCCAGCGCGGCGUCUCCAGCCACGGCCCUUCUCUGUCCACUGCCAACCAGCGCGCGUUCAACUACAACACCAAGGCUGAGGAUGACUUGGCCAGCCAGUUCGCUCGUCGCAUGAACUUCGAUCAGUACGGCGGCGCACCCUCGUUUAACCCUGCCUCGCAGCCUUUCCAGCUAAACCCUGGCUCCCAGCCCUGGAUGGCCGACAAUGUCUCCCGGUAUGGAAGCGGCCUCGACUACUCGCCCUCCGAUGCCAUUGGCUCCCAUGUGUCUGCCAUGAAGCGUGGUUCCAUCGAUAGAAUCUCUCCCUCGCCCACCUACCGAUUGGAGUCCGGAAACAGUCCCCGUGGUGGCCACGCCAUGGCCUCUGAUGUUUGGGGCGGCGCUCGUCCUUCCUCUCGUGACCCUCGCACUGCCGACAUUGACCGUCGCGCCCAGUCUCAGCAGUUCCCGCCAGCAUACCCUCAAAACUUUUACGGCAACCAGUACCCGUACGGAGCUAUGCCGCCGCAGUACGCUCCCAACUUCAUGGACCCCUACUCGCAGAACUUCCGCCACCCUCUACUCCAGAACUAUGGCAUCCCUCCCCUCCCCUCUGCUUAUGCUCCCAACAGCAGCAUCCAGUCUGUGAGACCCUCGCGCGAGCAGGACCCCUCCAAAGCUGUUCGUAGCUUUCUUCUAGAGGAGUUCCGCCAGAGCAACAAGUCCAACAAGCGCUACGAGCUCAAGGAUAUCUACAACCAUGUUGUAGAGUUCAGCGGUGACCAGCAUGGAUCCCGUUUCAUUCAGCAGAAGCUCGAGACUGCCAACAGCGACGAGAAGGAACAGGUUUUCCGCGAGAUUGAACCCAACGCCAUCCAGCUCAUGAAGGAUGUUUUUGGCAACUAUGUUGUCCAGAAGUUCUUUGAACAUGGCAACCAGGUCCAAAAGAAGGUUUUGGCGGAGAAGAUGCGGGGCAAGGUCGUUGACCUAUCCGUUCAGGUCUAUGCUUGCCGAGUCGUCCAAAAGGCCUUCGAACAUGUUCUUGUUGAGCAGCAGGCUGAGCUCACCAAGGAACUCGACCCCGAGAUCCUUCGUGUCAUCCGCGACCAGAACGGCAAUCACGUAAUCCAGAAGAUUAUCGAACUCGUUCCCAGGCAGUACAUCGACUUCAUUAUGGAUGCCCUUCGCGGUCAAGUCACUGGCCUCGCCUCGCACACCUAUGGCUGCCGUGUCAUUCAGCGUAUGCUCGAGUACGGCACCGAGGCUGAUAAGCUUGAGAUUAUGACUGAGCUGCACGCGUCUUCGCAGAUUCUGAUUACCGAUCAGUAUGGCAACUACGUCGCCCAGCAUGUCAUCCAGAACGGCAAACCCGAGGACCGUGACAAGCUCAUCCAACUUGUCAUGUCUCAACUGCUUACCCUAUCCAAGCACAAGUUCGCCUCGAAUGUUGUUGAGAAGUGCAUCGAGCACGGCACCCCCGAGCAGCGCUCUGCCAUUCGCGAGCAGCUCACUACCGUUGGUCCGGACGGCACCAGCCCGCUCCAGCUUAUGAUGCGCGACCAGUACGGCAACUACGUGAUCCAAAAACUUCUUGGCCAGCUUCACGGCGCCGAAAAAGAGCUUCUCGUUGAAGAGAUCAAGCCCCAGUUCUUCACGCUCAAGAAGAACGGUGCUUCUCGCCAGCUUCAGGCUCUCGAGAAGCUUUUGGGAUUGGGUAGCCGCGGCGAGGGUGAUCAUUCCGCCACGCCCACGCCUGCCUUGACCAACGAAACUAGCAGCCCUCAGACCAGCAGCCCGCCGAGCACCCACGUUAGUGCCGUGAGCCUGGCCUCAGCCGACGCAUCCAAGAAGGCAUCCAGCGCAGCCUCGGGGGCUGUCAAGGUCCACGAGGAGGAAGCCUAA